UUACAUUUAAAGAGUUCACAGUCAUAUACUCAACUUUAAAAGGCUCAAACAUUAAAGUAGCUUUACUGUUCAAAUAGCAAAACUUAAUAUGUUUUAAUAAAGUACAAACAUACUUCAGAAUAAGAGUGAAGAAUGUGACUGAGACUCAAUCUAAAGGUCAAUUGCUAAAUGUGAUAGCCACAUGUAGGUGUAUUUUCAGUUGACACAGUAAGAUUGUCUUAAAAAUGGCAGACUCAGAAAAUAUAUCGGGACAAAAUCUUGAAGAUACAGGAGAUUUGAGAAUUGCUGAGUUUAUCAAUCAUGUGCACAGUGAAGCAAAAAUCAAAGGAACUGAUGAGGAAAUUGAAGAGCAACGUAAAUAUAUUUCUGACAUUGUUCAAAGUAUUUUAGACACGGCAAAAGACAUUGAUCCUUUUAUGGCAGUUGACGAAAAGUGUGAAUGUGGCAGUUUUCAUGAUGGUACAAAAAUUCUCGAAGCCGAUGAAUUUGAUUAUAUCGGUAAACUCGCAUGUUCUAAUAAGCUAAAGAUAGAGGAAGGUUGUAAGGAAGGGUACUGCCAUGUUCGACCCAUUGAUCCUUCACUAGCUCAUCACAUCAAGAACACUAUUGUAAAAGGUGUCGAGAAACUUAUAAAUAAAGAAUACAAGGUUACAGACCCGUCAAAGGUAGAACUUUUGAAUGCUGAUGUCAUGCGGACAUACUUUUAUUUCUCAUUGUUCCGAGAGGCGAUGAAGAGACUGCAUAACUCAAUAGAGGGACGUCAAAUACUUUACAAAUACAGCAAAGAUUUGAUUGACAAGAUCGGAGAAGAUUACUUGGCUACGAAGGGGAAUGAGACUCGAUAUAUCACUGUAUUCAACAGUGAAAAUGGUCCAAACAUCAUGUUUAAUGUACAUGGACCCCUGUGUGUCUCAAGUGUAGAUGUGACAUUCGCACUAAAGAUUGAUUCUGAAUUCAUGAAUAAGGAAAAGUAUGGACGAUUAAGAAACAACAACCAAUGUCUUUGAUGAUUGAUUUAUGUGAAGUUGACAUUAAUGAACAAUUCAUGAGUCUGACUGACACUAUAGUUGCUGUAUUAAAAACAGAAGCUGAUGGCCCAACAAUACAGCAUAUCAAAAAAUGCAUGGGACGCUUUACCAUGGAGCUGACGAACAAAGCAAUUUCAUUUUAUUGCAUUCACCAAGGAGCUGCUGUUUUAUCGCACAUGCAUUUCCCAAAGAACAAUGUUAUGUACUCAAAAU